GGUUAGAAUUUCCUUAAUUUUAUGCCCAUCUCUUUUUGAGUAAUUUUCUCCAAAAAGUGACAAAAAAAGGUUGUCUUGGAUUAAUCUAUAGUUGUGUCCAUAUACCCAAUAUCUUAAUCAUGAGGUAUUCCAAUUAUUUAUCUUGUGCGUGAAAUUGGGUUUGAUAGAUUUUCUGUAAAUGGGUUCCUUAGUUUCCAUAUCUGUCAAGUAUAAUUAUCUCAUUUUUUUGAACAUCUCGUUUCUCUUAGUGGCGUCUGUUUUCUUGAUUAUAAAUUCCCAUUCUUCAGAAUUUCAUAUUAAGACCAAUUUCCUAGGCGUCAGUGACAGUAGUCAGCAUAGCUGUAAGGAUUUUCAUAGGCUAGAUGAUUACAAAGCCAAGUGUUUGUACAUCAAAACACAUAACCCAUGUGUCUCCCAGGGCUAUAUUGACUAUCUUUACCUUUUCUACUGCAAACUAGGAAGUUUUCCCAUUCUGGGUUAUUCUCUUCUCUCUCUUUGGCUCCUUGUUCUGUUUUAUCUGUUGGGGAACACAGCUUCUGAAUACUUUUGUUCUUCACUUGAAAGCUUAUCAAGUUUACUAAAAUUGUCUCCUACAAUUGCUGGGGUUACUCUGCUUUCUCUUGGCAAUGGUGCUCCUGAUUUCUUUUCAAGCAUCGUCUCGAUUAUGGGUGAAGGUACAUGUGAUGUUGGCCUUAAUACAGUACUAGGUGGUGCUUCUUUUGUAACUUGUGUUGUGGUUGGAAUCAUAAGCAUUUCAAGGGGCCAAAGAGUGGUUCAACUACACAAGUCUGCCUUUAUUAGAGAUGUCUGUUUUUUACUUUUGGUUCUUGUGUUUUUACUUGUUAUAUUGAUUCAAGAGGAAAUUGAUCUGUGGGGUGCAAUUGGUUUUUCUUCAAUGUAUGUUGUUUAUGUGAUAGUUGUUUACACCUCACAUUUUCAUUGGAAAAAUGGUGAAGAAAGUCUCAGAGGUGGUGAUUCAAGCAAUUGCAGUGAUUUGACUAUACCUAUUCUUGGCAAGAAGAGUUGCCAAGAAGAGAUUAAUACUGUAGAGGAACGAGCUAUAGAAGGUUGUUCUGAAGUAGAAGUCAAAAAGAGUUGCCUUUGUUCAACACCAUUAGCUUUUUGUGGUACAUUUCUUGACAUCCUUGAGCUGCCUCUUUACUUGCCAAGGAGAUUGACAAUUCCCAUUGUUUCUGAAGAGAAAUGGUCUAAGCCAUAUGCAGUUGCUUCAGUGACGUUAGCACCACUGCUGUUGUCAGCUCUUUGGAGCCCUCAAAGUGAGAAUGGCACCUUUAAUUCAAGUCUGGUGGCUUAUGGAAUUGGGUUGCUGAUUGGGAUUGCUUUUGGAGUUCUUGUAUUUGUGACAACUGAGAAGUCGAUCCCACCAAAGAAGUGCAUAUUUCUUUGGCUUUCUGGAGGUUUUUUAAUGAGUGUAGCUUGGAGCUAUAUUAUUGCUCAAGAAUUGGUGGGGCUGCUAGUUUCACUGGGGUACAUGUCUGGAAUAAAUCCUUCUAUACUAGGCUUGACAAUCCUUGCUUGGGGCAACUCAAUUGGGGAUCUGGUGACAAAUUUAACCAUGGCUUUGAAUGGAGGACCAGAGGGUACUCAGGUAGCUAUAUCAGGUUGUUAUGCUGGCCCCAUCUUUAGCAUUCUCAUUGGUUUGGGUUUGUCUCUUGUUGGCUCUUCUUGGUCAAAUUACCCAUCAUCUGUUGUGAUACCUAGAGAUCCAUACCUCCUGGAGACGCUGGUCUUUUUGGCAGUUGGGUUGCUUUGGGCACUUGUGGUUUUGCCAAUCAGAAACAUGAGGCUUGAUAGGGUAUUGGGAGGAGGGCUUUUAGUUGUAUAUCUAAUUUCUUUGUCUUUAAGGUUGAUUCAAACACAAGGGUCUCUCCAGCUUCAUACACACACGUGAUAGUCCCAACCAACAUGAUUUGUUAGCUGAGUAAUUGUAAUUACUUACUACUGUGCAAUAUCUUCUGUAAUCAAUUAACACUUUGUGCUGUCUCGAAUGAAAGAUAUAUAGAUUCAGUUAA